CGCACUUCACUGACAGCAUUGUUUUCAUCAUGGCGGCGUCCACCAGAGCGCAGGUGCUGUCACUCUACAGACAGCUGCUGAAGGAGAGCAAGAAGUUCCCUUCUUACAACUACAGGAUGUACGCCAUACGGAGGGUACGAGAUGCCUUCAGAGAGAACCGUACGGUAGAAGAUCCAAAGGUUGUUGAGGAGCUGAUCAACAGGGCACUGGACAGUUUAGCCCUCAUCCAAAGACAGGUGUCCAUAGGGAAGAUGUACGAGAUUCAGAAGACCAUCAUUGAACAUGGAGAUAAGAAGACUGUUUGAUGUAGUUUAGUAAUGAUGGUCAAGUGUUCUCUGACUAUAAAGGACUGCUCUUGGAUUUGUGGUUGUCUUAUUUGAGCGUCUUCUGUCAAUUCUUCAUGUGUCCUCUUUAAACAACUUUAUCAGGAUGGAGUCUGGCCAUUCAUAAGGGUGAUGAAGUCCUUCAUGCCUUUAGAAUGGAUAUACCAUCCACCUUCCUUGUUUACACAGUCAUUUAAGAUGCAGUGUGCCAUGAACUGAUAUAUGAAAUGUACAUAUGUAUUUUUUUUUUUUUUUGUAAUAAUGUUAUAAUAAAUUUAUGUCAGUUACAUUUAUUUGAGUUUUAUUAUUUGAUAUCUGGACAGCAAUGGUUGCUGUAUAUCAGUGGUUGUCAACAACAGUUGCAGUUCUGUUCUGAGAUUAUCACAAACAGCAGAACAAAACUGCUCAAUACAAACAAUUAAAUGCAACUAACCAUAUAUGUUAAUCACACAUAGUUAAGUUACUAAAAUCUAAAGGCUUAUCAACUUUUAAUAGGGAGGAGAAAAUGCUUCCUAUCUUUU